UAGUAGUAGUAGUAGUACUGUAGUAGUGGUGAAAACUUAUAGUAACAACUUAUAGCUAACAAACAACAAAAAAAUAAAUAAAAUGAUAAAAUUAAUAUUCAUAUCAUCAACAUUAAUGGCAUCAUCAGCUAUGGUGAUAAUGUUUGUACCGAUGAUGACCGUAAUGGGAGAGUACAUCGAUGACCAGUUUACACAUUUCCCGUACGAUUGGGCCGAUUUGUUUGCACCGGACGUAUUGAAAGCAUUUGAUUCGGUUAUCUAUAAUUUUAACGAUAAAAAAGGUGAUAUCCAACUAUACAAUGGAUUUAAAUACAACAAUCCCGUUGACGGUUAUGUCUACUAUCUGUUUCAAUAUUAUGUCGAUUAUAAGCGCCGUUGUCUUCCUGAAGAACAUUUCAAAUUUCUUAAAAAAUAUAUUCUUAAAGAUGGCCAUUGUAUUCAAAUUUCUUCAUGUAAAAUUGAAUUAAAACAAAUUGAAAGUGGUUAUAUAGAAAUCGCCAAAGGAUGCGAACCAAAUCAUUUGUAUAAAAUGACAAUUUAAUUGUUUUAAA